CUCUCUUACCACCUCCAGUGAAGUCACCACCUCCUCCAUACAUCUACAAAUCCCCACCUCCACCAGUGAAGUCACCACCACCACCCUACUAUUACAAAUCACCACCUCCCCCAGUGAAAUCACCACCUCCACCUCCAUACUACUACAAAUCACCACCACCUCCAGUGAAGUCACCACCCCCUCCAUACAUCUACAAAUCCCCACCACCCCCAAUGAAGUCACCACCUCCUCCAUACAUCUACAAAUCUCCACCUCCACCAUCUAAGUCUCCUCCACCACCCUACUAUUACAAAUCACCACCUCCUCCAAUGAAAUCACCACAUCCACAUCCAUACCACUACAAAUCACCACCACCUCCAAUGAAGUCACCACCUCCUCCAUACAUCUACAAAUCCCCACCUCCACCAUCUAAGUCUCCACCACCACCCUACUAUUAUAAAUCACCACCUCCCCCAGUGAAAUCACCACCUCCACCUCCAUACUACUACAAAUCACCACCUCCACCAGUUAAGUCACCACCACCUCCAUACUACUACAAAUCCCCUCCUCCCCCUUCACCAUCUCCUCCACCUCCAUACUAUUAUAAGUCUCCUCCACCUCCAUCUCCCUCGCCGCCACCUCCUUAUUACUAUAAGUCACCACCUCCUCCAUCUCCAUCACCACCACCUCCAUACUACUACAAAUCCCCUCCUCCCCCUUCACCAUCUCCUCCACCUCCAUACUAUUAUAAGUCUCCUCCACCUCCAUCUCCCUCGCCGCCACCUCCUUAUUACUAUAAGUCACCACCUCCUCCAUCUCCAUCACCACCACCUCCAUACUACUACAAAUCCCCUCCUCCCCCUUCACCAUCUCCUCCACCUCCGUACUAUUAUAAGUCUCCUCCACCUCCGUCUCCCUCGCCGCCACCUCCUUAUUACUAUAAGUCACCACCUCCUCCAUACUAAACAAGUCACUACAAGUGAUCAACUCAUGUCAUAGGUUAAUGGAAAAUGUAAUUGCUAUAAGAAGGAAAAGGAUACUAUGUUGGGGUUCAUUGAGCUUAGUCAUGACAUGCUUCUGGAGAAUAAAGUGGGCUCAAACAAUCCAUAUGCUUCAAAUUUUGCUUUUAUGAAAAUUUCAUGUUGCAAUCAUGUAUUUAGAUACACUUUGUGUUUUCUUAUAUGUUCAAUCAAUGUAUGUCUAGAUGUUGAUACAUUUGAGAUAAUAAAAAUCAACUUUAUGAAUAAAGAA